AUUCGGAUACUAAUUCUUUUGGGGGUCAUAAGAGAUCACAGUAUGUCCAAAAUAUUAAACCAGAACAAGUUCAAAGACCCAUGGCAGCGUGCAAGGGUUACAACUUUGGUAGAUGUACUUAUGGGGCAGCAUGUAAAUUUGAACAUAAAUGUUUCAGGUGCUCUGGAAACCACCCUAUUGGGGCCUGCAAAAAGAGCGUUUCAGAAACCUUUGCCCAGAAGCAGAUCAGUACAGAACAGCAAUUCCAGACCACCUUUGGACGUUUUAGAAACUGGAUUAAAUCAUCUUCUUACCAGUUCUAUGGCACAAAAAACUUGGAAAACCUACAAUACGGCAAUUGAAUCCUUUAAAAACUUUCGAUCAGCAUACAACUUACAUGAUAUUUGGCCAGCCCCGCUUAGCGAUUUAAUAUUUUACAUUGCCUUCCUUUCAUUCAAGGGUCUGUCAGCCUCUACUGUCUUAACACAUAUGUCAGGAAUAAGUUAUCAACAUAAGAUUCAAGAUUUAACAGAUAGUACAAAAUCCUUUUUAGUAGGAAAAACAUUAGAAGGUUUAAAAAGGUCAAAUCCCAAAAAACCUGAUUUGCGGGUACCAAUUUCAAUUGAUUUAUUGCGGAAAUUAAUCAGGUCACUCCAACAUGUCUGUUUUUCGUUGUAUGAAUCCGCCAUGUUCGCUUCAGCUUUUAGUCUAAGUUUUUUCGCUUUACUUCGCGUGGGUGAAAUAGCUGCGGAAAGUAAAACUGAUUUUGGGGCACAUGUUAUACAAAUAUCUGACGUUUCAGUUGUCAAAUUUGACCACAAAGAAGAGCUUCGUCUGUGUAUACGUAGUUCCAAAACAGAUCAAAUACAUUCUUCUUUAACCUUGAUUAUUAGUGUGCAAAUCGACAAAUCUUUGUAUCCCAUUCACUUACUAAAGAUAUUUUUACAAAUUCGAUAUCCUUCGUCUGGGAAUGUCAAAUCAAUUUGGUUAAUAGGAUCAUCCAUAGUAUAUUGGGCCAAUAAAGAAGCUUCAUCUAGACCUGGGGGACUUCACCUUGGCCUACAGAAUACAGGUGCUCAUAUGGUUUGGAUUGGUCAAAGGGGUAUGAAGUGGGGUGAUUUAAAUAGAGUCUUUGAACAAAGGUUGCUGAACCGCCCCCUUCCGAGUUUCCUUGUUAUUCAACUUGGGUCUAAUGAUUUGGGUAUAUUGACAUCAGAGAAAUUAUUCAGUGAUAGAGAAUGUGACCUGCUUCGGUUACAUGCAUUGUAUCCAGCUUUAAAAAUAAUAUGGUCAGACAUUCUAAUGAGACGGUAUUGGCACAAUGCCAAUUGUGGUCAAGCUAUUGAAAGGGCUCGUAAACGAGUAAACCUCCGGGUCAAAAACUUAGUUUUGAGCAUCGGUGGAUGUGCAAUUAGGCACAGUAACAUACGUGCUAAAGAAAGUAAUUUGUUUAGAUAUGACGGAACACAUUUAUCAAAGAUUGGUAAUGAUAUUUAUCUAAAUAAUUUACAAGGAGCACUUGAACAGUUCAUGAGAUCCCGGAGGACCAGCUGUUUUUCCUCAGUGAAAUAG